AGCAUUACAGGAGUACCAAUCUUAAGUGACACGAUGAUAAUAAAUUUGUAUGUAUAUAUGUAUUAUGUAAUAUGUUUCGAGGAACUUUUUUUAGAUAGUUAAUUAUAUUUGUACAGCAAACUAGUUAGAUUCAGGUAAAUAAUAAUUAAGAACUUGUAUAUAUGUACGUCAUUUCAAAUUGAAGUUUCUUCGGAUAAAACAGUUUGCGUGAAGUCGGCGUUGUAUCGACGUCAUCGCAGAUCGAUAGCUCUACCCACGGUACAAAUCUACAGUAUCUUGAGAACGUUCACGGUGCAUAAUUCGUCAUCCAUUUCUCUAAACAGUUGGCAGAAUUUGUGCGUGCGGUGUGCGCUAGUCUGCCGACGGCGUCCGUUCGUAGGAAAGAGAGGCGACAUUGUGAAGAAGCCCUUUGUCAAAUUAAAGGAAACGCAAGUUGGUUGAGAAAGAAACGGUUAUCUACCAAGGAAAAGAAUCGUUAAGAAACCAAAGAGUAAACAGGCUGAUAGUUCGGCAUCGUUUCGGUUUCUUUGACCUCUUGAACUCCCCGCGGGUUUUUUCUUUCCCGCGAGGUGAAUAACAGUGGUACAUAGGCCAAACCCCUGACCCCUCCUCGGAAGCUUCGCGCCUCGGCGCCUAGGCCAUAUCAAAAGGAAGGAGAAAGAAAUUGCGGAAGCGGGGAGGUUAAGAGGACGGCACGAAAGGGAGAACGCGCCGUCCAUCACCAUGAAGCUCGUUGACCACGUGGUGAGGAGCUUCAAGGUGGCCAAGGUUUUCCGUGAAAAUUCCGACCGCAUAAAUAGCAUCGACUUUUCACCGAACGGGGACACUUUGAUCUCCUGCUCGGAGGAUGACCAGAUCGUGAUAUAUGACUGUGAAAAGGGCACUCAGGUGCGUACAGUCAAUUCCAAGAAGUAUGGUGUUGAUCUAAUACAUUUUACCCAUGCAAAGAACACCGCAAUACAUAGCAGUACUAAAAUUGAUGACACAAUACGUUAUCUAAGUCUGCACGACAACAAGUAUAUCCGAUAUUUCCCAGGUCACAGCAAGAAAGUUGUAUCAUUAUGUAUCAGUCCUAUUGAAGAUACAUUUCUGUCUGGUUCUUUAGAUAAAUCAUUAAGACUAUGGGAUUUACGUUCACCAAAUUGUCACGGUGUGAUGAACGUUUCCGGACGUCCAGUUGCUGCAUACGAUCCUGAAGGUCUGAUUUUUGCUGCGGGCGUUAAUUCAGAGUUCUUAAAAUUAUACGAUUUGCGCAGUUUUGACAAAGGACCAUUUGUUACAUUUAAAUUAUCUCAAGAAAAGGAAUGCGAUUGGACAGGAUUAAAGUUCAGCAGAGAUGGUAAAACCAUUUUGAUUUCUACAAAUGGUAGCACGAUUCGUUUGAUCGAUGCAUUUCAUGGUACUCCAUUACAAACAUUUGCUGGUUACUUAAACAAUAAAGGAAUCGCAAUUGAAGCCAGUUUCAGCCCUGACUCACAGUUUGUAUUUAGUGGAUCUACAGAUGGCAGAGUGCACGUAUGGAACGCUGAAACUGGAUACAAAGUUUGCGUGCUCAACGGAGAUCAUCCAGCACCUGUUCAGUGUAUUCAAUUUAAUCCAAAAUAUAUGAUGUUAGCUUCUGCCUGUACCAACAUGGCAUUUUGGUUACCUACCGUAGACGAAAGUGCAUAAAAUCAACGCACCAGACACUGGGCAAUGCUCGCAAGAUUUUACCUAAUUGUGUGCAAGAAGGAACUGAAAAUGAUAUCGGUUCGAGGAAGAAACAAUAACGGACAAUUCUUGGGUGUCUUACACGAGCAGAAAUUGCAUUUACAUUACGUUCAAAGUAAAGUAGCCGACGUAUGAGACGCCGGUAUUGGAAUGAACCCAAGAAGCAGAAAAAAUUGCUGCAAUAUCCAGGAGGAUCGGCCCGCUUGGCUCGUUUUCAGUAUGUCAUACAUUGUUUAUGUAUUUUUGCCAUCUUCGUUAUCUUCGUCGUCGUGUACUCUAUGGCGCGAUGAACGUGACCAUUAUAAUACCUUGUCAAUAUUUAAAGAAAUGUGAUACAACAUCAAUUCUCUCUUUUUUAAAGUAUAAUACAAAGAUUGCUAAUAUUUGGAUACAUCAUCCUGUGUACAUAAUUCCUUCUUGUGUACCUGUAUGUAGUAUAAUGAUACCGAAUUUAUGUACUGUACACUAUAAAAAACACUGUGAGUUGUAUAUCACCGAUUAACUUUCCAGCAGUUAAUCACCUUACACAUGCAUUUCUUUACAAACUUUAUAAUCGGUCAUUUUUUAACAAAGUCCGAAACUCUGUAUGUCUUGGUUCAUUGCACCAAAAAGUUGAUGUGUAGUAUGGUAACAUGAAAAAUCAUAUAUGUUUAUAUACACUUUCUCAAUGUUUCAGAAUGUUUUUGUGACAUAAUUGUAUUUUCGAAAUGAGUUUACAGCACAAAGAAAUGAGAAGCGGGAAACGAAAAACUGGUAUUUGAAAAAGAAAAAAAGAAGUACUGUAGUCGCUGAUAUCGCGCAUGGAGAAACUGUUAUAAUCAUAUUGCAUUAAUAAUUGGUUUUGUUAAUUAAAUUCCGCAGUGGCCGUCCGAAAUCAGGGAUAUUUUUUGUUUCUUUAACAUGAUUAUGAACAGAUUUGAAAUUCAAUGAACUGUUGUGAAGCGCAAAAGCGAUAAGUAACGUGGUUAUUUAUUAUACGCAGUAAACAUGCGAAACGUCUUACACUUUGUUCACGGUAGUAAGGUAUCUUGUGUUUCUACGACUUCCAUGCGAUAAAAUAAUAAUUCACAGAAAAUAUACUGCCAACGUUGGCACUUAUGUUGUUGUAUAUGUAUGUAUUAUUCUAAAUAUGGUAUCGUUUAUAAUCUACAUGCGUGGAACCGGCGGGCCGGAUGAGAAAAAAAAACAUUUGAUGACUGUAGAAAGUGCAGUUAAAUCUAAUCAUCUCACAUAGUAGUUCGGUAAAUUUUAACUCAUCUUAUUAAGCAAACAGGUGCUUUCGAAUAGACAGGCAUCGCGUAUGUUUCAUUUUUACAUAUUGCAUAUUGCAUUGUCCGUUUAGUAAUGGAUUGUCGAAAUUGUAUCAUUUGCUUAAUACUAAAUGAGUAUAAAAAAAAAAAAAAAGAAGGAGAGAGGAUACUACACAAUUUUGUGUAACUCCACGCAAUGUGUUUAUGUAUAUUCUGUCUGUUCGAUUAUAUAGCCCUGCCUUCAUCAUACAUGUAUGUAUAUAUCAUUAUAUUCACAGUGUCCUUUAGAAUUUCUAGGCAUUUUCCUUAACAUACCGUAUACAAGAGUAGUAGAUGGUUAUAAUAUUCUAUAUGAAAAAGCGUGUAUAUGCAUAACAUGUACGAUUGUGUCACAUAUUUGUUUAUUGUCUAUUAAUUCGACGACGAUGAAUGAAUGAGAGUAUGAGUGCUUUUUCUUUUGUAUAUGGAUGUGUCGCUUGUAUGUACAUUUUCGAGUUCAGCGGGCUCGUAUGCAUUAUACAUGCGCGACGGAUACGCGAGAGUUCGCCUCGUCUUGUAAAAUAGUAUUUUUCUAAAUGGCGAAACAGCGUGUGCAAAUAUCGCGAUCUAUGUUAGACAAACAAAAGGAAUGCAAUUGUUGUUAAGAAUGUUUUGCGACCUAAAAAAGUGAGGAUAAAUUAAACUCGAAGAAAACGGCGAAUUUGAUCAACUAGAUUGAAGUAAGGUGGUAUCAUGGGACAUUGAAAAUUGAAAAUUGAAAAUUGAAAAUUCAUCUAUAAGUACCAAGAUCCAUGUAUAUAGAUUAAAAAGAUGUCACUCUAUACAUUAUACUGCCAACUACAAUUCAGAGUAAUACAAACUUCGGUAAACAUGCAAAACUUUGUGUUCCCAUAAGGAUAAAAAUUUGUACAUAUACGCUGACAAGUUAGUGUGAUGGAAUUUUUAUCCGAUCGAUAACGGAAGUCUUGUCAUCGAUCGAUCAUAUCCGUCGAGUGGUAAGGAUUCUACUCAAAAUUUGUUUGCACAUUUCAAAUAUCAAUCAGGGGCGUAAAUUACUGAUAAUUUGCUUGUUAUCGAGUUGAUUAAAACACCUGCCGUUUUCUUAGCGAAGAAAUAAAAGAAAAAUUUCCGACUUUUUUUUUUUUUUUUUUUCAAAUCAUCAGUCUUUAUUGACUACUUGUAUAUUUUAUAUUCCGUCGUCUAUAGUGAAGAUGUUAUAGAAAAUAAAGAAAAAAUAUUAAACGUUUCUCAACGUUCGUUUAUCUUGUAAUGAAUACAAUCGUUUAAAACGAAAGAUAAAUAGUUCCUCUUUCUAAACUAUGCAACAUCUUCAUUUACGCCCCUGUCUCGAUCGUUGAUUCGUACGGCUACUUAACAUGGGGAUUUAGAAUUGAUUUAUGAUUAGAUGUCUUAGAUAAUUGAUUAUAUUUCAUAGAUGAUUAUGAAAAUAUGCUUAGAUAAUUGAUUAUUUAUUACUGAUAUAAUUCACAUUUAUGUUUCCCCGUGACGUUACUAAGUUCCUACGUUAAGUUUUCGUACCGAAUUAUCGUCGAGUAUUUGUAGGCGAAACGUAUUCACGUUCAGUACUACUUUUUAAGUAAAUUUCAAAUCUUUCUGCGCAAGAUAAAAAUCAAUUCGUAACAGUAUAACACGUGUAGUUGCUUAGAGAACUAGGACCAUACGAAAAACCAAAAGUUAUCGUUUAAUUUAUGAUGAUUUAGAGUACACAUACUUUUAACGUUAUAUUUUAUCAAUAAACGUUCUAAUUUAUAAACAUAAUUAAAAUCGUUAGGUUUUCCUCAUUUUUCUUUGUAAGUUAUACAAUUAUGUUUAUGAUUUUGCAAACACAUCUGUGUUCUAGUUCACUAAGUCGAAAUGAUCAAAACACAGUGGAAAAAAUAAUGUCUUCUUCUAUUAACGAUUAAAUGUAACAACAUAUCAACAUAUUCAUUAGGAAACAUUUGUUGAAUGAAAUUUUAUUUAUGUAUGUUCCUUAAGAAAAAAAAAAGAUGCGUUUAAAUUAUCCCUAACGGUAAUGUAAUCAAUUGAAUUACUUGUUGCGCAGAUUAAAUUUUUAUUUUCCUUUAAAAGUACUAAUAGGGCGCAUGAGAUUUUACUAAAAGAAAAGGAUUCUAAUAAAACACUUUUUUUGUACGUUAAAA